AUGGCUUUCCAACAAUCACGCCGUGAGCGCGCGGCCAGUGAUAGGGCUCAUGCAAUGCCUGCAGCUGCAUCUGCAGCUCCUGGUUCAGCUCCGCCGCACCCAGGUAUGGGUAGCCGUACAUUGUCCGCCCCUUCAGGAGGGUUAUACAAGUUGGAUUCGAAUCGGAAACAAGGUCCUGGGUCAAGAAUGGAUCAGACAUUAGCGGAAGAAGAUGAGGCGCCGAAUGAGAUUUCCAAACGAUCCCGUCUGCCUGAAGUGACUAUUGCGGUUGUAGGCAAAGACACAGCCGGCAAAUCAAGCUUCAUUAAUUGGGCAUUGGACAUGAAGAAUAAGCCCUUCUCCUGUUCGACCAAGAAGAAAAUGUCAUUAGAUGGGGCCGUCUAUAUUGUACGAUUACUGGAGGUCGACCUGACGAAAGUCCAAUUCGACCAGGAACAUAACAUACUUUGGCCACGAUUGGGAAAUGAUGAUUUUGCUCCAGUCGUGGACGGUGUUUUGGUGCUGCAUGAUGCCACUGAACCGGAGCAGUUAACGGAAACCGCCGAGCUCAUAGACUCCCUUGACGCAUCUCCACUGCCAUUUCUCUUGGUUGCAUGCAAAUGUGAUUUGCGCCCCGAGGAUGGUGAUCUUGGACUGGUUCAUGAGCGACACGAGAUCUACCGGACAUCGCCCGAGUCACCCCGAUCCCAGCAAAUGUGUAUUGCACUUGUUUUGCGGGCUGUAAUUUCCACUCGAGCCGACCUUGCACCGUCUGACACCUCAACUAUUUCUCCUCCCGCCCCUCCCCCGCCGCGGACAACAACCAAGUCCUUUCAACCUAGCCCACCCCUCGAUUGGCAUCAUACUCGAGCCAAUUCAGAAAACCCAACCGCUGUAUCAACGGGAGCCGCUGGCGGCCCAGCAACAUCUACUUUGGAUCGAUUUGUCGAUGGGAACGGAGGCCGCCGUCCGUCCACCGACCAAGCUCCAGCUUCCAAUCUGGCGCAACAGCAUGCUCCAAGUGCCCCUCGAAAUGCCCGCAGUAAUUCCCAACCGGUGCGACCGCAAACUCCUACAGGGACGCGGAUGAAUACCCGCCGACCGUCUGUCCAAACAGAGAAUUCCCCGAGCCAAGACCAACAGAGCUUUUCACAACGCAUGCAAACCACCUGGCGCACUAGUGGAGGGUCCGACGCCUUUCACAGCUUUUUGAAUAUGGAGGACGAGAUGGAAGAGGCUCCAUUGAGCCCGACCAAUGUCGUACGACCAAAACCCAGUAGCGAGAGCAAUUCCAGCGCAGAGGCAGGAGUGUCAUUUGAUGAUCUUGUCGACCGCCUGGUCGCUCAACCUAUGUCGAAACAUGACUCGAAAUUCGGCUCGGUCUUUCUCUGUUUAUAUCGAAAAUUUGCAGCACCCUCAACCCUCCUGAAUGCUUUGAUCGGUCGAUUCGAGAAAAAUGAAACUACCAUUCCAGAUCAGCUGGCCCGCAUGGCAGAGCAGUUGCGAUUGCUGAAUAUCAUGGCCCAGUGGGCUUCCGACUACCCUGGCGACUUCGCCUUUCCCAAAACACGAAAACGAGUCCACGACUUCGUUGGAACCCUCGAAAAAAGUCAUUUUUAUAUGUUCGCCGCGAAGGAGAUCGGAUCGUUCCUAGACUCGAAUGCUGAGGACGACGAUAUUGGCUGGGCAUUCCGUGAUGGCGAUGUAGAUGAAUCCAGCCUCACAGAAACAUUCUUCGAUAACUCAGGCAGAAGCUCUCCAGUCCCUUUUCUCAACAGCACAUACGAUGACGACGAAGAAGAGGAAGAAGACCCCAUUUACAGCAUGAGCGCUUUGGAUCUUAGCGAUGGACCACACGAUUCUACCUCCCGCCUCUCAGGAACACUUUCCAUCUCUUCUAAUAACGACAAACCCUCCAGCACCCUCAACCAAUCCUUCACCGUCUUGACCCUAGAAGCGGCGCAAAAAGAAGCUCUUCGCCUGGAGCUUCACCCCCGAAACCCGAUCACGAAAGUUCAAUGGCGGUUUUUUAUGGAAGCUCCGGAAGAGGAGUUUGCGCGACAGCUCACCCGCAUUGACUGGGUCAUGUAUAACUCUUUCCGACCACGCGACCUGGUGCGCCAUGUGAGCAUCUCGGGCGUGGACAAGGAGAAGGUCAAGAGCUUGCAAAACGUCAACCGGAUGAUUAAACAAUUCAAUCAUCUUGCGUUCUUCGUGGCAAGCAUGAUUCUACUUCGUGAUAAGCCUAAGCACCGAGCCAGGUGUCUGGAAAAAUUCAUGGGGAUUGCAGUGAAACUUCGUCGUCAAAAUAACUACAAUGCCCUCGGCGCAGUGAUUGCCGCAAUCAACGGCACACCUGUUCACCGAUUGACACAGACCCGAGAAUUGAUUCCUAUCCAAACACAAAAAGAGUUCAUGCGCCUUGUCAUUCUUAUGAGUACUCAGCGCAGCCACUUCGCAUACCGCUUGGCCUGGGAGAACUCUUUCUCCGAACGUAUUCCUUUCCUCCCAUUGCACCGCCGCGACUUGGUCUCUGCAGAGGAAGGAAACAAGACGUUCGUCGGAGAAAACAAAUCCCGCAUCAAUUGGAAGAAAUUCGAGGUCAUGGGUGAGGUUGUUCUCGGUAUUCAAAGAAGCCAAAAGACACCUCACCCUCAAGCCCAAAAAUUCGAGGAUGUUGAACGAUUGAUUCUGGACUGCAAAUUGUCUGGCGAUGAAGAGGAUUUAUACGCUCGCAGUCUGCAAGUCGAACCGUCCACUGGCGGAGAGCCUGUUCGAAAGAAAUCCUCCACACCUCAACCACAACGCAAUCAAAACCAAGCCUCCGAAAUGACACAGCCAAGUAUUCAAGCCCGCGCAACCUACCGCGCCCUACUCCGCGAAAUCCCUGCACGGAGCCGCACGCUGAACAAUCCCUCACCCUUACAAACCCGCAUCCGCCAACUCUUCCGCUCCGAAGAACAACAACCUUCCACAACACAAUCCUCCUCAUCACCAUCUACAUCCAGCGCUACCGCACCGCUCCCAUUCUCCCUGCCUACCUCUGCUGAAGAAACCUCAAUCCGUAUCCAGGAGGCAGAGCAGCUAGCUAAGUAUGCGCGCGCUCAGCGUACGUACUGUGAGCUUUUGGAGCGGUAUAACCCCGGUAUGAAUAUGGAUGAGGAGGAGAGAGUUAGACUUACGGCUCGACGAGUUGGAUUUGAUUUGCCUGAGUUGCACGAUCCUCUCGCUAAGAAUGAGUGA